AAACAUGGCCGCCUCUAAUCAACACAUCCUCUUCUCCACCCUCCUCCUCCUCUUCCUCAUUGCUCCAGCUUCUUUCGCUCAACAAUCUUUCCGCCCAAAAGCGCUGGUUGCUCCAGUCUCAAAAGACGCCGCCACCCUCCAAUACGUCACCCGCAUUAACCAGAGAACCCCACUUGUUCCACUAAGCCUAGUGCUUGAUCUCGGCGGCCAAUUUUUGUGGGUGGAUUGCGAGAAGAAUUAUUCCUCCUCAACAUACCGCCCUGCCCGGUGCAACUCCGCCCAAUGCUCUCUAGCCAGAGCCGGCGGCUGUGGGGAUUGCUUUUCAGCCCCUAGGCCAGGCUGCAACAACAACACAUGCGGCGUCACACCCGACAACACCGUCACUCGCACCGCCACCGGCGGUGAAGUAGCCGAAGAUGUCGUGUCAGUCGAUUCGACAAACGGGUCGAACCCAGGCCGGGUAGUUACCGUGACCCGGUUCCUUUUCUCGUGCGCACCAACUUUCCUCUUGGAGGGUCUAGCCAGUGGGGUUUCCGGUAUGGCUGGGCUUGGCCGGACGAGAAUUGCAUUUCCUUCGCAAUUAGCUUCCGCCUUUAGCUUCCACCGGAAAUUCGCAAUUUGCUUAUCAUCCUCGACCACCUCAAACGGUGUCGUGUUCUUCGGGGAUGGUCCUUACGUGCUACUCCCUAACAUUGACGCCUCUCAGUCCCUCACCUACACGCCGCUGUUCAUCAACCCUGUAAGCACCGCCUCCGCCUACUCGCAAGGUGAGCCGUCGGCGGAGUAUUUCAUCGGCGUAAAAUCCAUCAAAGUAAACGACAACGUUUUAACAAUAAAUAAGACACUGCUUUCCAUCGACGGCGAAGGUUUUGGCGGGACUAAGAUCAGCACCGUCAACCCCUACACAGUCUUGGAGACGUCUAUCUACACUGCAUUGACCGAAGCUUUCGUCACCGAGGCUGCCGCCAGGAACAUCACGAGGGCGGCUUCCGUGGCGCCAUUCGGCGUCUGCUUCAGCUCCGAGAACGUGCUCAGCACGCGCCUUGGCGCGUCUGUGCCGACCAUCUACCUUGUUCUGCAGAAUGAGAGCGUUUACUGGAGCAUCUUCGGUGCCAACUCGAUGGUGCAGGUUAGCGAGGAUGUGCUUUGCCUUGGAGUUGUUAAUGGAGGCGAAAAGCCAAGGACUUCGAUUGUUCUUGGAGGUUACCAGCUGGAGAAUAAUCUUUUGCAGUUUGAUUUGGCAACGGCGAGGCUUGGAUUCAGCUCUCUUCUGUUCGGCAGGCGAACUACAUGCGCAAACUUCAACUUCACCUCCAACGCCUAGGCCUAGAUGGAAUUAUUUUCUGUAAUUCUAUGAAUAAUUAUGGGCAAUGAUCUACUAAAGGUCACCCAAAAGUAUUUGUUUCAUAAUAAAAUGUGGUACUGUUUGUAACUCAAUAAAUGAGAUCAACAUAUUUUUAAGAAAAUAUAUAAGCUCAACAAGUUGUUUGUAGAAAUUCCUCAAUGACCUUUCUACAGAAGGAUUGUAUGAUCCAUUAUUCUAGUGCCUUUUUUAAAAUAGAAG